AUGGUGGACUACGCAAAGAAAACAGUGGUGGAGUUGCAAGAGAUCCUCAAGUCACGGAAUCUCUCACAUACCGGGAAAAAAGCAGAGCUGAUUGCGCGUCUCAACGAGGCCGACAAAGCAGCAGAGGCAAAUGAUCCAGCCGAAGCCCCUCCAGCCGAGUCCACGAGUGCGCCGCCCGAACAGCAAAUCGAGCCAGCAGCGCCACAGGACAGCGAAAAUCCAGCAGUAACAGAGACCGCACCGGUACAGUCCCAAGUCGACGCGACAGCGUCGCCCUCAGCAAACACGGAUACUGCCCUUGCGAACUCGGCCUCUUAUGCUCUAAAUUUGCCCCAAUCAGACAUCGAUGCUGAAUUGGCCAGACGCAAAGCUCGCGCCGAACGGUUCGGCACCGGCGCAGCCACAGCAAAUGGAGAAACGGGAACUGCAGGUACAGAGAACGCAGAUGAUGAGGCGCAAAAGGCAUUAGAACGGGCAAAGCGCUUCGGCACAGGUCAGACAGCGGUGGGGAAGCUGGACGAAGCCUUGCCUACUGAGCCUGAACGUCGGUCAAGGAAACGGAACAGGACAGAAGAAAGCAGCGCCCUGGACGAUCCAGCCCUCAUCAGAGGCUUCGGUGGGCGUGGUAGAGGAAGGGGAGGGAGACUCCACGGCAGAGGUGGGCGGGAUAAUUCACGGAGAAGAACAGGAGAGAAGCCCCGGGGUGUUAGUAAACAAUCGGGUAUCUUUUCCAGCGAAGCGGAUCGUCUGGCUGCGGAGACGAGGAAGAAGAGGUUUGCUUCGGCAUCAUGA